UAUGUUUUGACCGUCAUCUACGCCCCGAUGGUCCUCGCCGUCAAAAUCACCCUGCUCUCCAUCCUAGCACGCAUCUUCACCAUCCGACACGUGCAGGUCAUCAGCGUCUACUCGGUGCUGGUGGUGACGGUGGUCUACUACACGAUCAUCUUCUUCAUCAAGGUCUUCAUCUGCCUGCCGGUCUCGUACUUCUGGACCCACUACGACGAGGAAGCGCAAUGCCUCAACAAGACGGCGGUGAUCCUCGCCGACGCGGUCAUGAGCAUCGCCACCGAUCUGGCCAUCAUGCUGCUUCCGGCCUUCCUGACCAUCACCCUGCAUCUCUCGCACGUCAAGAAGCUCAAGGUCUCGCUGAUGAUGGGCUGCGGCGGGCUGGCGAUCGGGUUCAGCAUCUACCGCCUCGUGCUGGUCAUCCACGAGCAGGAUCAUCUGGAGUCGACCGUCGUGUACUUGAAGAUUCUGCUGUCGGGUAACGCUGAAGGCGGAUUCGCCCUCAUUUGCUCGUGUAUCCCCGCCAUCCAUAUCCUCAUCACCCGCCGC